AUGACGAGCAACUCCUGUUCCCCAGACGUUCCUCCCUUUCACGGCUAUGUAGAAACAACCGUGAAUGCUCUACGACUCAUACAUGCUGCACGACAAGGCGUCAUCCCCCGCAUUACCCGUCGUCUCAACGAUACAGAACGGCGGUCAAUGAUCAAAAGCGGCGCCGUAUUUAUUUUCAGCGUCGAGGAAAGUGGAAUAAAGCGGUGGACAGACGGGCUUCUAUGGUCACCAUCUCGGAUUGUUGGAAAUUUCCUAGUUUACCGCGAGAUCAAUGAACGUGCCAGUAGUCGAGGAAGUCACAAAAAGACAUACACUGGAGAGGAAUCCAGGAACCCUACUAUUCAGCGAAAUUCCCCUGGCAUGCCUUCAGGAUACAAAGGAAGCACAAGCCCCCAAAAUGGAAGCGACCAAGGGACGUUCAAGCCUAAUGGCCUCAUUAAAAAGACUAUAACCGUUACCAUCGAGGGAUCCGACCUUCACCUCAUUUCCUAUUAUACCUCAGAGGAUAUCCGCAACGGGAGGCUCAAGAGGCCGUCAUCCCGGGCAGAUAUCAUGGGGUUAUACAUGUCCCCCCACAUCUUUCGACUGACAAAUUUCAGAGUACCACCAAAGGUUGAGAUGGGUCCAGAUGGAAAACAUCGCCUCGUCCCAGAACCCGAGGAGCAAGAUAAUGUUGACUGCAAAAUAGAAGAGCAAACGUACGGAAGCCCCACCUCUUCAGCAUCGCCCGGGCAUUCUCCCGUCGAUCAUCCUUUGAAUCCACUAUACCCCUUAACGUCUGCGAACGUAGGCUCCAGCUUCGGUUACUCUCGCGCGAGCGAUAGAUGGCAAGAAACGGUGGGUACUACCCGAACAGGAACACCCGCCUUGCAGGGUCAGGAAAUAUGGCCGCUAUCGCCCUCUAGCUCGCAUACACACAUAGGAGGAUCCCGACGUGAAAGUGGGGGGUUACCGCAAAAUGAAUCAUGGAUAAGUACCGGUUUACAAUCUGGUAAAUCUGAGUUUCAAAAUAUGAAAAGUUGCAAGACCUUAUUCGUUUACAGAACGCUCUCGAGCACGAUCCAGCAACCCAUAUCAGAAUGCCAUGGCCAUGAGAGAUCACGAUAG